CAACUCUUGUCGACUUAUUCACCUAACCGACGACCACGCCACCCAGACAACCCCUCGCUGGCCCCCGAGAGUGAAGCAGACGCAAUCCUGCCCAUGUGAAUGUGCCUGAGCCUUUGCAGAUGGCCCACGCCGCAAAGCUGGGGGCCUUGGCGGAGGAGCUCGUCGCCGCGAUAUGUCAUGUAGACGCCGAGUCGGACAAGGCUCGGUUUGAGGCUCUCCGUGAAGCCUCGCUGCGGGGCAUCCGCCGCCAGAACCAUCUCCGCACCAACCAAUUCCUCGUUGAGGGGCAUCUCGAUGGUCUCGAGGAGAGGUUCAGCGUCAACGCCCGCGAUGGGCUGGCCAGCGCGCUGAGGCAACGUCGUGGCGCACUAGCAGCCCACCCCUCGAUGUGGACCCCCGAGCUCCUGCACUUUCUUCUGGAGCUGUCUGAUCAGCCCCUCCAGCAGUCUCGCCUAGCCGACCUCGAGAACCUCGGGCCUCCCGAGGCGGAGGAGGGCCCGAAGCUGAGGUGGGAGGACAUCGCCGAAGAGGACGGUUGGGCUCAGGACCAUUCUCUUUGGAAAAACGUCAACUUCGGCGCAGAAAGCUCCGAUGACGAAUCCUACGAAGGCUCUUAUGAAGAGGCAAACCCUACCGAUUCGCCCUUGUCCUCCGAUGACACUUCGGUCUCGAGCACCACUCUUCCCCUUGACAGGAUUCUGCGGGCCCCUGAGGAGGAGGCCGAGCCUGCACCGACGCUGGAGGACGUGGCAGAAUCUCAGUCCUGGAGGCUGACGGACCCAUCGUGGGACUCGUCGGGGAAGGCGCGCAAGAUUGUAAUAACCGAGGCCCAGCUUGUCAGGGAAGCCCUUUUCAUGCUCCAGGGCCACAAAACAACGCUGUUCGAUGACAAGUGCUCGCCAGUGCCAGCAUAUCAACUGCGGAACGUCUCUUGGGACACGUAUCGUGCUCUGGUCAUGUCUGUGGGCGAGACAGGACGCCCUCUCCUGCCUCUACGGGGUUUUGUCGGUAGCAACCGUCAAGACAUUGCUCUCCUCCAAACCUUCCAGGACUGCAUCCGCCGAGCCCUUCACUCCUUCGACGAAGCCGUGUCGGCCAUCCAGGCCCGGUACGCCGACCUCAAGGCCGACAUGGUCGUGAGCGUGCUCGACGUCAUGGAGGAGCUCCAGCCGCGCAUGCUGCAGCUGCGCUCGCUCUCGGCCGUCGUCCAGAAGCUGAGUGACGAGAGGUACCCGCACGCGUUCCGCUGCCUCGAGCUUCUCUACGAGGCGGCCUGCGCCGCGCAGCUGGAGGGGGACGAGCCGGUCUACAGGUUCCUGAGCCCGACGUUCCUCGACUGCUUCCAGGUCUACCUGCGGCCCAUCAGACUGUGGAUGGAGGAAGGCCAGCUCCUGUCCGGCGAUAAGAUCUUCUUCAUCUCCGAGUCCAAGGUCCAGGUGCCCCUGACCCAGAUCUGGCGAGGCAAGUUCAAGCUCCGCAAAACCCACGAGGGCGUGCUGCACGCGCCCAGGUUCCUGCAGCCCGCCGUGUCCCGCAUUUUUACGACGGGCAAAAGCAUCGUCGUCCUGAAGCAGCUCGGACGGUACGAAUCGGUGAGGCAGCGGCGCGGACAGGGCGCCGAGGGUGAGCCCAGCCUCGACUUUGCGGCCAUCUGCCCUCCGGGGUUCGAGCUGGCCCCAUUCGGCGAGCUCUUUGAUCGCGCAUUCGACGCAUGGAUCAAGAGCAAGCACUUGACGGCAUCGACGUCGCUGCAAGACGUCCUCUUCAAGUCGUGCGGCCUCUGGUCGACCCUGGACGCUAUCCACAGCGUGUUUCUGAUGGCGGACGGCUCCGCCGCCGACGCCUUCUCCCUGGCCGUGUUCAACAAGCUGGACAGGAGACACGCAGACUGGCACGACCGCUUCACGCUGACCGAGCUAGUGCAGGACGCCUUCUCCUCGCUGCCAGAGGCGCAUCGCGUGUCGGCCGCGUUCGAAUCCGACAGCCGCCGGCCGCCCAGCAGCAGCAGCAGUAGCAGCAGCACACCGGGCCGGUCGUCGGUUCGCGACCACCUGCCCCGGCUGAAGCUGCAGUACCGCAUGCCCUGGUCGGUACAGCUGAUCCUCGGCGGGGAGUGCAUGGACAAGUACCGCAGCAUCUUCACGCUGCUCCUGCAGCUGCGGCGGGCCAUCAACGUCCUCAACGGCCACCGCCUGCUCCGCGACGUGGCGGCCAGCGCGGCGGCGGCGGCCACGUCGUCGGACCCGCGGGCGGGCGCGGCCGAGCAGGGGCUGUACCACGGCACGCGGGCGCGGCUGCUGUGGUUCUGCAACGCGGUGCUGACGUACCUGACGACGCUCGUCUUCGCGCCCCGGGCCGCGGCGGUGCGGCGCGACCUGCGCGCGGCCGAGGACGUGGACGCCAUGAUCGCCGCGCACGCCGCCUUCGUCGCGGGCCUGGUGCACGAGUCGUGCCUGGGCGGCCGCCUCGACCCGAUCCGCGAGUGCGUGCUCGACGUGCUCGACCUCGCCGUCCGCCUCGAGCGCGUCCGCCGCCUCGACGCCGCGCGCGAGGCCGCAGAGGUCGGCGAGAUCGCCCGCCUGUCCGUCCUCAUGUCGUCGCCGCCCGCUGCCGCUGCCGCCCGGUCGUCGCCCGCCCAGCUGCGCAGGUCAAGGCUGAGGGCCGUCUACGUCAGUCCCGAGGAGGAGGACCGGAGGGGCGGGGGCAGCGCCGACGACGACGACGAAGACGACCAAGGGGAUGCCUUGGCUCUCCUGCCGGCUGUCGGGGCCGCCGCCGCCGCCGCCGCCGCCAUCCCCGGGAAGAGGAGGAGGGGCAAUAAGAGGCCGCACCCCGACGACCCGCGGGAGUCGUACGUGGUCACGCUGAGGCGCAUCUCGGCCGACUUUGACAGGCACCUACGCUUCAUCAUCGGGGGCCUGCGGGGGGUUUCCCGGGCCAGCAGCGAUGCUGCCGCGGGGAAGUGGGACAUUCUGGCCGAGAUGCUCGAGACGGGCGUCAACUAG